AAACAAGCAUUUGAUGACAUCCUCACCAACAAAGCACCUGAGUUACUGAAAGGUUUGGAUACUUUCUUAGGGGAUAACAACUGGCUGGUAGGGAAGUCUGUAACAUGGGCUGAUUUCUACUGGGAUGUAUGCAGUACGACACUUCUGUCCUGUAAACCUGACCUGGCAGACAACUACCCCAGGCUUUUGGCUCUCAGAGACAGAGUGCAAGCACUUCCAGCUAUUGCAGCCUGGAUCCAGAAGAGACCGAAGACUAUAAUGUAG